UCAGAACACAAUGCAUUCUGGGAUAUAGGAUGAAAUACAAUGGCGGCGAAACAGAAGCACUUGCAACUUUUUGUUCUCUGUCUUUUGGUUACAACAAUUUUGCUACAAAGUCUAAUUGCAACAGAGUUAACGUGGGACGAAAAUGGCUACAUUUUAUAUUGUCCUUGCAUGGGUCGAUUUGGAAACCAAGCCGACCACUUUCUGGGGUCGUUAGCAUUCGCCAAAAUGCUUAAUCGCACCCUGUCAGUUCCUCCCUUCAUAGUUUAUCGUCACCAUGCGCCUCCGUACUCAAAUGUGCAUGUCCCCUACAGUGAAUUCUUCCAGCUGGAGGCCCUGAGCCGAUACCACAGGGUGGUAAGCCUGGAGGACUUCAUGGAGCAUCUUGCCCCGACACAUUGGCCUCAGGGCCAGAGGGCAGCUUAUUGCUUUGAGUCAGCAGCCCAGAGGAGUGUAGACAAGAAAUCCUGCCCCAUGAAGGACGGGAAUCCUUUUGGUCCAUUUUGGGACCAUGUUGAAGUUGACUUUGACAGGUCUGUCCUGUUUGGUGGCUUGUCUUUCAGUACCUACCACCAAGCACACUGGAUCAGCAAAUUCCCCCCCUCAGAGCACCCUGUCCUGGCCCUGCCUGGUGCUCCAGCCCAGUUCCCUGUGAUAGAGGAGCACGUGGGCCUGCAGAAGUAUGUGGUGUGGGCAGAGGGACUGGUCCAGGAGGGGCAAGGACACAUUGCCACUCUGCUGCCCCGGCCGUACGUGGGCAUACACCUCCGAAUCGGCUCUGACUGGGUGAACGCCUGUAAGCUGCUCCAGAGUGGGGACACCGGACCUCACUUCAUGGCUUCGCCACAGUGUGUCGGUUACAACCGCCAGACAGCCCUGCCACUCACCAUGACCAUGUGUCUCCCCGACCUGGCCGAGAUCCGACGGGCCCUCAAGCUCUGGGUCGACAAGACCUCUGCCCGCUCCAUCUACAUCGCAACAGACUCCGAGUCUCACCAGGCUGAGCUCCAGCACUUCUUCAAGGAUAAGGCGAAAGUGGUGAGCCUCAAGCCAGACUCUGCACAGCUGGAUCUCUACAUCCUCAGCCAGGCCGACCACUUCAUUGGGAACUGCGUGUCUUCCUUCUCGGCUUUUGUCAAACGUGACCGUGACGUCCACGGGCGUCCUUCAUCUUUCUUCGGGAUGGACUACCCCGGAAAAAGCAACCAGAAAGACGAGCUCUGAGGACACAAGCAGGCAUUACCUCCGAGUACACUAUUAAGCGUGCAAUCUUUAGAACGUCAAUUUCAACAUCUUUGAUGUGUGUGCGUGUGACACGACUCGCAUAUCGGCCAAGUCAGCAGGAGCUCAGGUAACCCUGUUGAGCCCUGUUAGGGAAUGACUUCCAAUGUAAUGUCCCUGUCUGAUCAUGUGUUAAUACUGUGUACAGGGGACCUGAUAGAUGAGUGUGGAAAAGAACUGCUCCUGCAGAGAGUGCAGUAACUGAUCCCCUGGGUACUAAUUAUAGGCUCAGGUUGAGUCUCCCUCUUACAUUCUUGUAAUGUAUCCUAAUAGUUGAAUGUUUACUGUACAUUUGUGCAACAUCUAUCACUGUCUGCUUCUGUAGUCUUUGUUUUUUUUGUUUCUGUUCAGCUUGUGGUUUUGGUUUUUGGGGGAAAUUACUGGGCACAAUAAAUCAUGUAACCCUGAAAUGUUGCUAUGACUGAGCUAGCUACAUGUGAGCUGUUAAAUUGAGACGAGUUCAGUAAGUUUAAUGUCAUUAAUUUGAAAAAAAUAAAUGAAUCAAUGCCUGUU